UUUUGACCAGGGUCUAUAGGACUGUAGUGCACCCCUUUUCACUCUGUAGCGUUCUAUAUAAGGACUAGGGAGGCCUCCUUGAUGUUUUCAAACCUAUUCUAGAAAACAGUUCAAAUCUUAUUAAAUCUCCUGUCUUCUGCACAUCUCUGAGCAGUUUAACCCAAUACUCUAACCACACUUAAAUAUUUAGAUUGCCGUUGGUAAAUAGGUGCAUAAUCCCUCAUUCAAAUGGCAACCUAUUCCCAUUAUUAGGGCACUCCUUUUGACCAGACCAUGUGGGAAUAGGGUCCCAUUUCAGACAAACCACUUAAUCUACUAUAAUAGUGGUGUGACCCUUAUCAAUCUUCCCCUACUCCAUCAUUGGUUCUCAGCGUUCUGAAGCGCCGAAGAUCAUCCAAUCGACAUUUAGCUUGACGUCAAAGAAAAGUAAAAUAUCACAAAUCAGCAUUUUCAAUAUGACUAAUCAUUUUCAGUGUUUUACUCUGGGUGUUUUUCUCUUUAUAUUCACUUGCAUAUUUUCCGUUGAUAAAUGGAAACUUUUUUACCAGAAUAAUGAACAGCACACCUGAAUUGGUGGUUUGGGAUUACUGGUAUUGAAGCACAUAUGUGCUUCUAUGGUGGCGAUCAACGCACAAUCUCGAAACUCUUUCCGAAAGACUUGGUCAUAUAAAAGGUCUGAGAAGAUUAUAUUUUUGGAGGUGCAUUUCUUCUCAUCAUCAUGAGUCUCAGCCUGUUGACAUUUCUCUGUCUCGGUCUUUACCUCCCAGUGUGGAAUGCCCUGAGGGUCACCCAGCCAUACCGUGUGGUGAGUCAUCGUGGUGAGGUGGAGCUGUUCUGCUCCUACCACCACACAGGGAGACAUGAACCGGAGGAGCUACGGAUCACUCUGUACCGGGGGAUGUACGGGGAGCAGGAAGAUCAGAAGGUGUGCACCUCCUCCUUCCCCCACAACAACACAGCCUUCCAGGUGGAGGGAGAGAGGAAGGUGCGUUGUCGGGGCCAGUUAAGGCCAGGCAAGGUGAACCUGACUAUCUCUGGUCUCAGGGGUAACGACACUGACCUGUACCGAUGUGCCAUAGAAGUCCUGUAUCCUCCGCCAUACCUGAGGACGUUUGGGAAUGGUACCCUACUCUAUAUAACAGAGGAACCAGGGUGCUUUACCCCAGAGGCCCAGAGAAGAGAUGAUGUAACAGGAGAAACAUCCGUCAGACUACCCUUAGCAGGACUGGCCGCAGUAUUAAUAGUAAUCUCUGCCAUUGCUAUCCUCCUCGUUCAUCAGGUUCUACAGAGGAAGAGAAGAUUUGAAGCAAUAGUACCAAGGAUGUCACAGAAUGAUGGAAGAUUUGAUUAUGGAAACUUCCAAUGAAGAAUUUUUUAAAUACUAAUCUAUAUGUUUCAUUGUGUUGUAAUAUAAAGAAAUAGUGAAAUCAAGUCUACGACUAGUCUCAAAUAAAUUAUUUGUUUUUGAUCAA